CGCCGGCAGUAAAGUCUCCAUCAUCGACUUACCCUCCACUUGCACCGCUCCAGACAUCAACCCGUCCCGCGCCGAGUUCCAUCCUGCCGACAUCACCGAUGCUGCGGCUCUUAACGCAGCAUUCUCGAAAGCGGAGGCCAUUUUCGGACCGGUGGAGUGUUGUCUCGCCAUCGCAUCUAUUGACCUCUCGUCUCUACCGCAAACAGAGUCGAUUUGUGACGCGGACCCAGAGGUGUGGAGAAAGGUGUUCGAUGUGAAUAUUCACGGCACGUUCCUCACUGCGCAGCGUUGGUUGCGUGGGAUCCGAGCCGCUGUCGCGGACGAGGAGAAACGAUCGAAGUUGAGGAAUGCGUCGUUGAUCCUAAUGGGCAGUGAAGCGGGACGGUUUGGAGUAAGGACUAUGCCUGCGUAUGCGGCGGGUAAAGCGGCGGUACAGUAUGGUUUACUUGCGAGUUUGGCAAAGGAUGUGCCGAAGGUGUGGUUGAGAGCGAGGGUUAAUUGUGUGGCGCCGGGGACAGUGGCUACGGAGAGGUUCAGAGAGGAGUGUGAGAGGUUUGGGAGGCAGUGGCAGUGGGAGGAGAGUGAAGCGGCGGUUGGACUGGCGAGACCAGUGCCGAUAGACGAUGUUGCCAGGACGUUCUUGUUCCUGGCGAGUGGGCGUUAUAGCGGCAGCACGCAUGGACAGUUGCUUCACGUGGAUUCUGGCAAGAUGGGAAGUUUGCAGUGGAUGCGGGAAGACCUGGCU